AUGGCAAUGAACGUCGACUCUUUUAAACGGUUUAUAACCCAAAUCGGACGUUUACGGUUGAGAAGAUGUGGUUCAACGCCAGCUUUGACAAAUUUCGUCGCUCACGCUCCAACAUCAAGCUACGAAGAGGAAGAAGUCGAAGUUUUCUAUAUGGAUCUGGAGAAGUUCUACAGAGAAGAUCAUACCUUCUAUAAAGUCAUAAUAGGUGACGUCAACGUCAAAAGUGGCACCGGAAGAACGCCUGAAGAACUUCAUAUCGGAAUCCAUGACUUUCAAUGGAUUGAGUAUGGAGAGAGGCUUUCCGACUUUAUUAUGACGACUAUGACAAUCCAUGGGAGCUAG